CUGUCUAGAUUGAAUCACGUGGGCCGGUGUCUCUUACUAUAGACCACGUUGGUUUAGAUUUUGGGCACUAAACGUGCGAUUUCUCCAAGAAUAUGAAGACCCUCCUCUGUUUGGCAGCAUUAUUUUGUGCGGCUCUAUCAGAGCCUACAAUAUACUUCGAAGAAAGAUUUGGUGAUGGCUGGGAAAAACGGUGGGUAGAGUCCACACAUAAAGGUGCAGAACAAGGAAAGUUCGUACAUUCAGCAGGAAAAUUUUAUGGAGAUGCAGAAUUAGAUAAGGGCAUUCAAACAUCCCAAGAUGCCCGUUUUUAUGGCCUCUCUGCUGCAUUCGACAAAUUCAGCAAUGAAGGGAAAACUCUUGUCAUUCAGUUCACAGUAAAACAUGAACAGAACAUAGACUGUGGAGGUGGCUACGUUAAAGUGUUCCCAAGCACUCUAGACCAAGGAGACAUGCAUGGCGAUUCCCCAUAUAAUAUAAUGUUUGGCCCUGACAUCUGUGGCCCAGGCACCAAAAAGGUCCAUGUCAUUUUCAACUACAAAGAUAAAAAUUUACUUGUGAACAAGGACAUCAGAUGCAAGGAUGAUGUGAUGACCCACUUGUACACCCUGAUAGUCAGACCAGACAACACUUAUGAAGUCAAAAUAGACAAUGAGAAAGUUGAGAGUGGAAAACUAGAAGACGACUGGAACUUCCUCCCACCAAAGAAGAUCAAGGACCCAGAAGCAAAGAAACCCGAUGACUGGGAUGAGCGCGAGAAGAUUGAUGACCCAGAUGAUACCAAACCUGAGGACUGGGACAAGCCAGAGCAUAUCCCAGACCCAGACGCCAAGAAACCAGAGGAUUGGGAUGAUGAGAUGGACGGAGAGUGGGAACCACCAAUGAUUGAUAACCCAGAUUAUAAGGGCGAAUGGAAACCAAAGCAGAUUGACAAUCCAGAUUAUAAAGGCAAAUGGGUGCACCCAGAAAUAGAUAACCCAGAAUAUACCCCUGAUGAGAACUUAUACAAGUAUGAUGAUAUUGGGGCUAUUGGGUUUGAUCUAUGGCAGGUAAAAUCUGGCACCAUUUUUGACAAUAUUCUAAUAACUGAUGAUGAAGACCAUGCCAAGAAAGUUGGUGACGAGCUCUGGGGUGUGACCAAGGAGGCUGAGAAAAAGAUGAAAGAUAAACAAGAUGAAGAGGAAAGGAAAAAGAGAGAGGAAGAAGAGAAAAAGGCUAAGGAAGAAGAAGGUAAAUAA